GACCAAACUGUCAGCAGAGCACACAGAAAGGGAGAGGGAAUCUAGAGAGGUAAAUUCUUGCGAAAGAGGGAAAUAAAAGGGAAGAAAAGUCUAUAAUCAGUAAAGUUUUCAUUUUUCAGGUCUGAGAAUCAAAAUUCAGUUCAGAGGACCACAUACAUCUAUCUAUUUCCAUUAACAAUGGAUUCCUCCAAGACAAAAACAUCAUCUUUAUCAACCCCAUCUAAGCAUUUUUGGGUUCUUCCUUACAAAACCCAAAGUCUUGAGAGUCUUUACACUCUAGGCAAAAUUUUGGGUCAAGGUCAGUUUGGAACUACCUAUCUUUGUACUGAAAUAUCUACUUCUAAUCUCUAUGCUUGCAAGACUAUACCAAAGAAGAAGCUCAUCUGUAAGGAAGAUUAUGAGGAUGUUUGGAGGGAGAUUCAGAUAAUGCACCAUCUAUCUGAACACCCAAAUGUUGUUAGAAUAAAGGGUACUUAUGAAAAUGCUUUAUAUGUACAUAUAGUUAUGGAGCUUUGUGCUGGUGGAGAGCUUUUUGAUAGGAUUGUUGAAAAGGGGCAAUAUAGUGAAAAAGAAGCUGCUAAAUUGAUCAAAACAAUUGUUGGAGUGGUGGAAGCUUGCCAUUCAUUAGGAGUUAUGCAUAGAGAUCUAAAGCCUGAGAAUUUCUUGUUUCUCAGUUCUCAAGAGGAUGCUGCUCUCAAGGCCACUGAUUUUGGCCUUUCUGUUUUCUAUAAGCCAGGUGAAACAUUUUCUGAUGUUGUUGGAAGUCCUUAUUAUGUUGCGCCAGAGGUUUUAUGCAAGCAUUAUGGACCUGAAUCAGAUGUAUGGAGUGCAGGAGUUAUCUUGUACAUAUUACUUAGUGGUGUUCCACCUUUUUGGGCAGAAACUGAUAUGGGAAUAUUUCGUCAGAUACUGCGAGGCAAACUAGAUUUAGAAUCUGAACCUUGGCCUGGAAUUUCAGAUAGUGCAAAGGAUUUGCUACGCAAAAUUCUUGAUAGGAAUCCAAAGAGGAGGUUAACUGCCCAUGAAGUUUUGUGCCAUCCGUGGAUCGUGGAUGACUCAAUGACCCCUGAUAAACCUCUUGAUUCUGCAGUUCUUUCACGCCUCAAGCAAUUCUCAGCAAUGAACAAACUAAAGAAAAUGGCUUUGCGUGUGAUUGCCGAGAGGCUAUCAGAAGAAGAAAUUGGUGGCCUCAAGGAGCUAUUCAAAAUGUUAGACACGGACAAUAGUGGAACAAUAACCUUUGAGGAACUAAAAGAGGGUUUGAGGCGAGUAGGUUCAGAACUAAUGGAGUCUGAGAUCAAGGAUCUUAUGGAUGCGGCUGACAUUGACAACAAUGGAACAAUAGACUAUGGGGAGUUUAUUGCUGCUACUGUUCAUUUGAACAAAUUGGAAAGAGAAGAGAAUCUAUUAUCAGCAUUCUCUUUCUUUGACAAAGAUGGUAGUGGAUACAUAACUAUCGAGGAACUUCAGCAAGCCUGCAAAGAAUUUGGUCUAAGUGAGCUCAAUCUUGAUGAAAUAAUUAAAGAUAUUGAUCAAGAUAAUGAUGGACAGAUAGACUAUGGGGAAUUUUCUGCAAUGAUGAGGAAAGGCACCGGCGGAGGCGUUGGAAGGAGGACCAUAAGAAACACUUUGAAUUUAGGAGAAGCACUUGGACUCGUACAGAGUGAAGAAAACGUAUGACCCACAAACGUGAACUUUCUAAUUUCUUUUGCCAUGAAAAUCCAAUUACAUGACAUUUACUGCUACAAGGCUUAGGUGUUGAACUUGAUCCCUUCCCUUGCUUUAUUGAUGGCUGUUUCUUUUACCUUUAUUUGUCCAAGCUUAGAACAAUUUUCUUCUAAAUCUGCUUUAAUUUUCGAUCG